UGUUUAGAUCAAGGUUACAUUCAAGCAUUUCACAAUCACAGUACUUACUAUUCUCAUCUCAUUAAUCGAAAAAAGAGAGAAAGAGAGAGACGGAAGCAGGGAUAUUCCUGUGGCAACCUUACCAACACAAAGAGCAGGACUUAAUAACUCGAGAAAAAAAAAGAGAAGAGUUGGUCUUGAACACAAACACAUGUAAAGAUGCAUCCAGAUUUGUCACCACAUCUUCACUCUCCAGAGUGCAAUGAGCUGAUUCAGGCUCUCCACAACUGCCACAUUGAGAAUCCAUUUAAGAAAUUUUGGGGUCACUGUAAUGAUAUUGACAGGGCGAUGACGAGGUGCUUAAAAAAAGAGAGAAUGGAAAAGCAGAAAGCUAAUGCCAGACGUGCUCAAAUUAUGAAACAAAAACUGCUGGAUGGUCAGCGAGCUAACUUGCACAGUCCAGCCAAUGACUGAUUUCAGUGGUGUGUGCUGCAUUGUACUAUACAAUGAUUUUCACUAUUAUUUGAGGAUGUGUACUUCUGAGCAACUGUUUUGUCUUAAAUGCUACAUUUUAAUAAAUGGAUCAUUUAUGCAUUAAAAUGUUAAUAUGGACUCUUUUAA